AUGUUUUCCAAUCUCUAUCUCACAGUCAUGUUCUUGGCGUCCGGUGCUGUCCGCGCCGCCCCCACACAGCAACCCCCUGUCAUCGACGCCAGGUCUGACUUCAAGGCUCUUGUUGGCGGCAAUGUCUCGCUCCGUAUUAUGCCUCUCGGUGCCUCCAUCACCUACGGCCUCACAUCUUCGGACGGAAACGGCUAUCGCGAGAAGCUUCGCAACGCCCUCAUCGCCGACGGUAACCCCGUAGACAUGGUCGGUUUCCACCCCAAUGGCACCAUGGAAGACAACGACAACGAGGGUUGGGCCGGCUUCCGCAUUGACGAGGUCCUCGCCAAGGCCAAGAUCUCCGUCCCCCAGACCCUACCGAACCUCGUCUUGAUCAACGCCGGCACAAACGACUGCGUUCAAAACCGCGAUAUUGCCAACGCCGGCGCUCGCACCCUCGAGAUGAUGGAGUACAUCUGGGAGACCUCUCGUCGCUCCUCCAUUGUUCUUUCCACCCUCCUUCCCAACGGCGUUGCCAGUCGUGAGGCCUGUGUUUUGCAAGUCAACGAACAGUUCAAGAAGCUUGUCAACGAGCAGCAGGCCAAGUCAAAGAAGGUCGUCCUCGUCGAUAUGCACUCCGACCGCGGCCCGCUAAUGAGUGACCUGGUUGACGGCACCCAUCCCAGCGACGAGGGCUAUGCCAAGAUGGCCACCCUUUGGUUUGAGGGUAUCAAGGAUGCUGCCUCUCGCGGCUGGCUCGAGGCUCCUGAGGCUCUGCCCGGGAGCACCGAGUCCGCGUGA